UGGUCGCCCGGGCUGCUUGAUCUGUACUCCGCGCACACCGUCUUCAGCAGUCGUCGCCGAACCCGCCAAACCGUUUAAUAAAAAAUAAUAUUUUCAUAUUUUAUUAGUCGAUUGGCGUGUGUGGCGUUUGAAUUACAGCCCAACGAUUAUUAUUAUUAUUGAUAUUGUUAUUUUUUUUUGCCCGGUGUUAAUGAAAUAACAUUGCACACCUACCUAUAUCAUUAUUGUGUAUUCUGUAUUGUGUUUUCCUUAAGAAUCGCCGCCGCCAGAGUAUGUCUUCAACCACGUCGGGUACAUGGUCAUCUUCUUCGUCGACUGGUCCGAAGCUGGAAGAAACUGUCGAGGAGACGCCGCCGACUUGCGAGUCGCCUGAACCCAUGUCUUGUUACUUGCACCACGAUCCGGAACAUCCUAUGUCGUCGUUUUCGGUCAUCAAUAAAAUGCGAGUCAACAUACAGCUGUGCGACGUUUCCCUCCGAAUAGGAUCCACCGUCACCAAAGCUCACAGACUGGUGUUGGCAUCGUGCAGCCCAUAUUUUUAUGCCAUGUUCAACGACGAUAUGGCCGAAAAGUGUCAACCCGAAGUAGUGUUACACGACGUCGACUUAGGAGCUCUGCAGCUCUUGGUCGAGUACUCAUACACCGGACAAGUUCACAUAACUGACGAUAACGUACAGGUUCUACUGCCCGCCUCGUCUUUACUGCAAAUCAAUUCGGUCCGAGACGCGUGUUGUACUUUCCUAAUGAAACAGUUGCAUCCCACCAACUGUUUGGGCAUCAGACAGUUUGCCGAAACCCAUUCUUGUAACGAACUGAGAACAAGAUCGCAUCGUUACGCUCUGCAGAAUUUCGAAGAAGUCGUGAAAACCGAAGAGUUCCUAUUUCUGUCGUUUUCCGAGGUGGAAGAUUUAAUAUCGAAUGAUAAAUUGAACGUCGUGUCGGAAGAGCAAGUGUUCUUAGCCGUUAUGGAUUGGAUCAAACACAAUCCAAGCGAACGGUCUCAGCACAUCGCUAAGCUGUUGGGGCACGUGCGAUUGGCUCAGAUGUCCAAGAUGUUCUUGCUGAACGUAGUGGAAACCGAACCGCUAGUUCGUAGCGAGCCCAGUUGCAAAGACUUGUUGUUGGGUGCCAUGAAGUACCAUCUGUUGCCUGAUCAAAGAUCCGACUUCGCUAGCAAACAGACGGAACAGAGAAGUCCCGACGGUCUGAUGCCUUACAUCUUUGCCAUUGGAGGUGGCAGCCUGUUCACUAUACACAGUGCUGGCGAGUGUUACAACCCGAGACACGACCGAUGGCUACCAAUCGCUCCCAUGUCCAAGUGUAGAAGCCGUGCGGGUAUCGUGUCGCUGGGCAAAUUGAUCUACGCCAUUGGAGGGUACGACGGCAUCGUGGACUUGUCUUCGGCCGAGUGCUACGAUCCGAACUACAACACGUGGUCGUCCGUCACUUCGCUGGGCACCAAGAGAAGCUGCUUGGGCAUUAGCGCCAAUCACGGGCUUUUGUACGUUUGCGGUGGCUUCGACGGGGCUUCGUGUUUGAGCAGCGUUGAACGUUAUGACCCCUUGACGGGUGUUUGGUCAUCGUGCCCCAGCAUGACUACCCGUCGUAGAUACUGCCGCGUGUCAGUAGUCGACAACUGUCUGUACGCUUUGGGCGGAUUCGACUCGACCAACUACCAAUCGAGCGUGGAGAGAUACGACCCCAGGAUGAGCAAAUGGAUGUCAGUGCCGGCAAUGAGCAGCAGGCGCAGUAGCUGUGCGGUAGCCACGUUAGACGACAUGCUGUACUGCAUUGGUGGCAACGACGGCACCAUGUGCAUGUCCAGCGGCGAACGGUUAAACAUCAGAAGGAACGCGUGGGAGCCCAUAGCCACUAUGCAAUGUCGAAGAGCUACACAUGACGUUGUGGAAUUGGACGGUGGCCUAAUGGUUCUCGGUGGCAACGACAGCAACUCCAGUCUCCACUCGACCGAACGAUACGAUCCACGCGUUAACCGCUGGACGAUGUCCACUCCGAUGCCGACCAGACGCAGUUCGGUCGGUGCCGCACUGUUGUAUUGUUUCAACAUGGAAAGUAAACUGACAGCUCAGCCCGUGGCGGCACAGUGCAACUCCUUGGGCACGUCGUCGGUCACUCAUUCGCCGUUCAAGUCGACCGCUACGUCCGUUUGAUGGCCGUUGUCGACCUCCGACAGUUGGCGGUCAGACGGUAUCGAACAUUCUCAUUCAUUGCCAAACUAAACUUUUUAUUAUGUCAUUAAUGUCUGAUUUAAUAAUUGUAAAUUUACAUUUUGUACAUUUUCUUUUUUUUACAGUUAAUUAUCAUCCGUAGAGUUAGGCACGAUGACUUUUUUUUAAACGUAACUCGACGGAUACGUAUGAUAAUUUACAAAAUUAUUAUUACACAUUUAUAAUAGUUUAUUUAAAUCUAUUAAAAAAAUAAAUUGACACUGAUUAUACACACUUACUCAAUAUUUUAAAUAAUUCUUUGUAAAAGCAAAAAAAAAUAAAAAAGUGUAAUAAUACAUUCCACUUGAUUUGGAUUUUUAAGCUUGAACCGAAUUAGAAAAGAAUGUGUUAACAUUAUUGUCUUUAAUUCAAAUAAACUAAAUGAGAACACAUUUGACGUCUUUAAAAUAUACAAAUAUUUUUUUACCGUUUUAUAAAUAAAAAAAAACAGACACUUAAAACUACGCUAUUAUAGUUUUUUUUAAAUUGUUUGUGAGAAAAAUUACAAAACAAAAGUCAAUAAUUUUUGUGUUGAUUUACACUUUUCGUCAAAUAGAAACGCUUAAAAAGUUUGCACGUUGUUCGAUACAAGACACGAAUUUAAAACUGCGUCUCGUUUAACGGAUUUGAUUUUUUCCAGUAACUAUACGUAACGGUAUUAAAUUACAGGGCUAUCGAUUAUUUUUCUUAAAUUUUACUAAACAAUGUAUAAACCACUACAGCUCGGCUAAUAGCAUAAAUUAGUUUAAAAUAUAUAUAUAAAUAUUAUACUACUAAGAUUUUACAGCUAUCGAAUAAAAAUCAUACGAUAACAGUACAAUUGUACUCGUUUGGUUUGCGAAAUGUAAAAUAUUUUGUCAAUAAAAAAAAAAUAUAGUCAUUAUUUUACAAUUUUACAUGUUA